AUGAGUGCAGGUCGUAUCUUGUGUUUCGCCACGCAAGGAGGUCUCACGGUGUUCUGCGAGGCCGACGAAGUUUUUGUUGAUGGCACGUUCUUUUCGUGCCCUUCAAUAUUCUUUCAAGUGCUCACAGUUAGCUCUGUCAAAAACGGAUGUAGUGUUAAUACCGCCUAUUUCCUCCUGCCCGGCAAGUCACGGGAAGUGUAUGUCGCCGCAUUCAUGCGCUUCCUUGAGUGUCUUAGCGACCACGAGCUCCGACACAGAGUGACAGUCGUUAGGACGGACUUUGAAGUGGCGCUGAUUCAGGCACUCUUGUAUACGUUUCCUCGAGCGACCCACAGGGGCUGCCAUUUCCGUUUCGGCCAAGCGAUAUGGAGAAAGGUCCAGGUACUUGGACUGAGCACUGCGUACAGCGACGACCCGUCAGUGAAGGCUUUCGUCAGGAAGUCUGUUAGCUUGGCAUUUGUUCCGGUGUCAUUUGUUCGUGUCGCCUGGAACGAACUGAAGGCCACAGCCCCAUUGGUGCCAGGGAUUCCGGCCUUCAUCCUAUAUUUCGAAGACGUGUGGAUGAUGGGCUCCUUCGAUAUAAAACAGUGGAACCAUUACAACAACCGCAGUGCUCGAACCAACAAUCUAAAGGAGGCCUGGCACCGGAAGAUUAACCACAUGCUGGGGAAGGCCCACCCAAAUAUCUACGCGUUCAUCGACAUGAUCAAAAAAGACGAAGCACCAGGCAGGGUAACCCUACUUCAGCUCUCCAGUGGUGGGAGAACACGGAAGAGGAUGAAAAAGUGGGACCUGAAAGAUGAAGAAAUACGAUAG